AUGUCCGAUUUACUGAAGCAGAGAGAGGCUUUCCUGAAACGAGCUCAGAAUGUUCCUGUUAUUGAAAACAAAUCUCAGCCAGCAUCAAAGCGACCCCGUCUCGAAGGAAGUAGCAAGUCACGCGGGAAAGUCGUACCGGUUAAGAACUUCCAUUUGAUCCACAAAAUCGUCACUCACAUGAAGAAUCGCCACUUGCAGAACGAGCUGCUGCCCUUGAGUCUCGACGAAGUGCUCGAGGAGUGCAACUCGACGACCACAGUGUCGAACGCAGCGCGCAUGGGCCUUGAAGACGCGCUGCCCAAGAAUCCCAAGCUGCGUCAAAUUCCCGGCGACGUCGUCAAAUACGUCUACAAGCCGUCAAUUGAGGGCAUCAGAGACAAGAAGUCGUUUCUCCAGUUUCUCGAGCGGCAUUACCAUGAUGGACUUGGUGGCGUCACCAAAGAAAUGGUACAAGAAAGUCUCCCCAAGGCAGACAAGAUCCUCAAAUACCACAGCGAAAAGAAGAAUAUUCAUCUACACAAUCGCCCCGAUAAGAAGACUGUGAUUUUCUUCAAUGACAGAAGUUUGGAAAUAGAAAUGGACGAAACCUUCCAGAAGCUCUGGCGCUCAAUUACUGUCGAAUCUGUUGACGAAGAGAAAAUCGCUGAAUAUCUUGCGCAACAGGGAAUCACUUUCGCCGACGAUCCUGGUGUUCGGAAGGUUCCUACUUCAGUAAAACGCAAGAAGAGGAAAAACAAUCGAGUGGUGAAAACUCAAAACACGCACAUUCAGGGGCUCAAGGAUUUUCCCGACAAAUAA